AUGGAUCCGGAACAAACUUUUAUCAGAGUUCAAGAACGCUUCUCUGAAAUGAUGACUCCAAAGAUCAGAGUCACGCUUGAGUACUUAUACCUUUUGAUUGCCAUAACCCUUUUCUGUAUUCUCGUUGUAAUGCACGCCAACUAUGUUCAGCAGCCUGGUUGCUCAAGUGAACUUUCAGACAUUGACCUGUCAGAAGCGCAGCUUAUUCAGAUCAAGAUUUCAAGUGUUGGCUCAUGGGCAUGGAAUGAGUCUGAGUAUGAUGUUAUAAAUGUUCAUCAGAAUCAAGAAAGUAAUGAAAAUUUCAAAGUUGUAAAUCCAGAUGGAGAUGGGGCUACUCCUCUCUCUGCAAAUUUAUGGCUGGAGUGGCUUAGUACUGGUGCUAUCAUGGAUAAAUCUCCAGUAAAAUAUUGGAAGAGUUAUAAUGAGUAUUUGGAAUCUCAGACAGAAGGCUCUGGUGAAGUUCCUAUAUCACCUACUCAUGAUGAUCCUCCGAAAAACAAGAAAGACGGGUCACGUAGUAGGUUCUCGCCAAGGGAAUCACUCAAAGCAGCAGUUAUUCACUUGGGUAAAAAGUGGUAUGGCCGUAUAUCGUUCUUCUGGAGAAUUGCUAAACGAAUUCUUGGAGCUUUAUGGGACAUAUCGGGGAUACAUUUGAAUCUAGAUGUUCCAAAGUGGCUAAAGAUCCUUCAUUUAGACAAGCUGAACUCUUAUGCCGUGCAGUGGCUCGGAACUAGAAGCAAAAAUUUUGAACCAACUUAUUUAUACACCAUGGAGAAGGGGUACUUCUUGCUACCAGAAGAAGCAAGGUCAAGGCACAGUAUCCGUACCAUAAAUGUUAGUAUUUCAGCAUGGCAUCCUUGCUUUGGGAACAGGUGGCAGCAACUUUUGAUAAAUAGGCUUGUCGGAUACGAUACUAUUCUGAUGAAUAGUCUGCUAGAUUCUCCCGGCCGAGGGUAUCUUUUUAAUUUUCAGACAAACGAGUUCUACAAUCUUACUUAUGCGCACAAACAACCAGAAACCUCUGCAAGAUUUGGAGAUUAUCUUGUUACCAAGUGUGGCGUUUUCAUGAUGUCGCUUUUUGUGUUUUUCACCACUACAAUGUCUGUUUCUUUUACAUUGAGAGAGACACAGACACGGAUGCUCAAGUUUACAGUUCAACUCCAACAUCAUGCUCGGCAUAGGCUUCCGACAUUCCAGUUGAUAUUUGUGCAUGUAAUUGAAUCUCUUGUAUUUGUACCAAUUAUGAUUGGCAUUCUAUUUUUCCUGUUUGAAUUUUAUGAUGAUCAACUAUUGGCUUUUAUGGUGCUAAUUCUUGUUUGGCUCUGUGAGCUGUUCACUUUGAUCAGUGUGCGCACACCAAUAUCAAUGAAAUUCUUCCCUCGCUUCUUUCUGCUCUAUUUCCUGGUCUUCCAUAUAUAUUUCUUCUCAUAUACUUAUGGUUUUUCUUAUCUAGCACUCUCUACAACAGCGGCGUUUAUGCAACAUCUUAUCCUUUACUUCUGGAAUCGGUUUGAGGUUCCAGCACUUCAACGGUUUGUGCAGAAUCGACGGUUUCAACAACACCCAGAUUUUCACAUUACGUCAUCGACAAUUCUUGCCUCAACAUUACAUAUAACGAGAUUAAACACAAGGAAUACAGGUACAGUAAAUCCAGAGUCAGCUUCUGGACCUGGAUUGCAUCCUGGAGUUGAUGUAGCAGAGACUGGAAAUGAUGCAACUGGUUUCACUGGAUUUCAAGACCGAGGAGCUAAUGGUAACCCCAAUCGGUUGGGCAACCCCAUUCAACUUGAUCUCCGGCAGCCAGAUGGUGGUGGUAACCCUGGGUCAAUGAAUUCGUUCAGUUCAUUGCUGUUAUGGAUUCUUGGAGGGGCAUCCUCUGAGGGUCUGAACUCCUUCCUCUCAAUAUUUCGAGAUGUACGUGACCAUGGCCAGGUCUUCCCUGGAUCUGCCCAGCAGGAAAACCAUGCACCCCAAAAUGAUGAAUAA